AUGCUGAAACUGAAACUGGGUGUGGCCAAGCGCUCCUUCUUAUUUCCACGUCGGCUUUCUGUUUUCUGUCGCUUGCAUCAAUCUCUUUUCACUUGUUUCUCUUUCCAGUCUCCACACCCGAAUCAUCAUCCCAUCUCCUCCUCUGGCCGUGAUCCAUUAUCACCAAUUUCUCUCUCUUCAGAUUCAACUGAUCCUCAUACUUGUCAUGCUUUCAUCUUAAAAUAUGGGCUCGAAUUUAACUAUUCUGUCGCAACCGAUCUUCUUCUGGCUUAUUUCAUUAACCGAAGACUCUACAUUGCCUUAUCCUUGUUCGGUGCCCUCUUUGAAGGCAAUAUCUAUUCAUUUAAUUCCACACUCAAGGAGCUAUCGAGUGCUGGGCUCUUCGAGAACAUCCUCCAUCUGUAUUGCCUUCUCCGGUUGUCCAAUUCGAAUGCUGAUAAUUUUACUUACCCCUACGUGCUCAAAGCCUGUGCAAGUCUUUCUGCGGUUGAAGAAGGCGCGUUGGUCCACUCAGAGAUCCUCAAAUGUGGGUUCGGAAGUAGCAUGGCUGUUGCCAAUUCUCUCAUCGAUAUGUACUCAAAAUGCGGGUCUGUGCAGUCUGCCCGUCAAGUUUUUGACAAUAUGCCCAGACGGAAUUUGGUUACUUGGAAUUGCAUGAUUUCUGGUUAUGGAUGGAAUGGCCUCCCUGAUGUCGCGUUGGAUUUCUGUAGUUCAAUGAAAUCUGAAGGGAUGGUGCUAGACAAAGUGGGUUUGAAAAUUGUUCUUCCUGCCUGUGGACAGUUGAGAGCACUUGGUCUUGGAAAAUCUGUGCACGCACAUGUGGUGGUCUCAGGUUUUUCUCUUGAUACAGUCUUGGUUACGGCAAUUAUGGACAUGUAUGCCAAAUGCGGGAGUUUCGAUGCCGCCGAGAAGCUUUUUAAUGAGAUUUCAUGCAAAGAUGUCGUUACUUGGAACGCCAUUAUAACGGGGUACUCGCAGAGGGGAGAACUAGAACGGGUAAUCAAGUUAUUCCAUGUUAUGCAGAUCGAGGGUGUGGCACCUAGUGUAGUUACUGUACUGAUUGCCCUUCAAGCUUGUGCUGAUUUGGGGAGCUUCCUCGCAGGGAGUUCUAUCCAUGGUUACAUAAUAAGGCUUGGACUUAGUUCAGAAGUGUCCAUAGAGUCACUUUUGAUAAACAUGUAUUCCAAGUGUGGAAGAUUGAACAUGGCUUACCAGGUAUUCAGUUGGAUCACAAAUGAAAAUGUAAAUUCGUGGACUGCCAUAAUUCAUGGGCUGGGCAUGCAUGGAUAUGGAGAAGCUGCUUUAAUGGCUUUCUUUAAGAUGCUAAAGAAAGGAAUGGAUCCUGAUGCUGUAAGUUUCCUCACCGUAUUAUCUUCUUGCGGCCAUACAGGACUAAUUAAGGAAGGAUUCAGAAUUUUUGAUUAUAUGGUCAGGCAAUUUGGAAUCGAACCUAAAAUGGAACACUAUGUCACCAUGGUUGAUCUCAUGGGACGAGCAGGGUUAAUUGAUGAAGCAUUUCAGUUUAUUGGGCAAAUGCCAAUGAAACCAGAUAUCAACAUCUCGGGGGCAUUCUUGGGUGCUUGUAGGAUUCAUGAUGACCUUAAGAUGGCAAAAUUGUACUCAGAACAAGUUGUAGAUUUAGAUAUGAAUGGCCCAACUGCUGGCUAUUACAAGCUUCUAUUGAGUAUUCAUGCAAGUAAAGAGGCCUGGAAUGAAGUCCUUAAGUUGAGAAGUUUUAUGGAAGACCGAGGAAUUCACAAAAUUUCAGGAUGCAGUACAAUUGAAAUUACAGUUCACAGCUGA